AUUAUCUGGAACAGCAGUUGAAGUCAAAGAUGCUGAAGGCUUCCUUGUCCAAGAAGGUGAAGGCCAAGUAUUUAUAGGAGGAAACGGACGCGUCUGCUUCAUUGACGGCGAAACCACAUUACCUGUGGACACCAUGAGAGCCACCGGAGAUUUCGUAAAAGUGAAGAAGGCCGAAAUGUUUUUCUUGGGGCGGAAGGACAAUCAAAUUAAGCGUCAUGGCAAGCGUCUCAACACCGAGCAUGUACAGCAGGUUGCAGAGAGCCUCUGCACAGGGGGAACCUGUGCCUUGAUAUGGUACCAGGAAGAAAAAUUAAUUCUGUUCGUUGCCCCCAAAGCUGUUUCAAAGGGGCACCUUUUAAAAAAGCUCCAGGAAUGUCUCCCCAGCUAUGCAAUUCCAGAUGAGGUUUUGCCAAUUGAUACUUUGCCAUUCACAUCCCACGGCAAAAUUGAUGUGUCCCAGCUGAACCAGAUUUACAGCAGCCACCUGAAUUCUCAAAAAAGUGACAGCAAGCUAAGUGAACAAGAACUCUGGGAAGGCUUGCAGAGUCUCUGGCAGUCCAUUCUUAAUCUUCCAGAUGGCUCCAGUUGUAUUUUGGAAGAGUCACAGUUCCUGCCUAGUGGUGGGGAUUCUUUAAAAUUGCUACAGCUUCAUGAUGAAAUUGAACGUAUGGUAGGUAGGCCUGUUCCUGGCUUAGUAGAAAUUAUUCUCAAUCAUUCCAUUCGCGAGAUCUACAAACAUGUCCUCAAAUCAGCUUUUCCAAGGGACAACCUCGCUAUAAGCAGCCACAGUGUUGUAAAAAGGAAACUGAGUGACCCUCCCGGUGAAGAACCGAACAAUAAGUGUGUGGAGCUCUCCCCGGAAAAUCCGCUGAAAACUGACGUGGCCACCAUAGGUUUUAUUGCCAUAAGUCGAGGAAACCACCUGGUGUCUCUCGAAGGGGCUUUGAAGAGCCAGAUUGAAGCGGAACAAGCAGAAAAGAGUGAAGUGUUGCCGAAUAGCGACACAAAUGUAAAUAUAGCAGAAGAUUAUUCUGCGGAAGGAAAUUUGGGUGAAGGAAAUCUUGGCGAAAUUACCCAAAAGCUGACGCUACGUGUAAGAUGGACCUCGGACCUUGGGAAGUGUGUGGAUGCCUCUCCGCUAGUUGUAAUCCCGCUUCCUGACAAAUCAUCUGCUCUUGUUUAUAUCGGAUCUCAUUCUCAUACGAUUCAAGCGAUUGGCUUAUAUUCAGGCAAAGUGAAGUGGACAAGAAGGCUCGCAGACCGCAUCGAGUCCUCCGCGUGCGUAUCUAAGUGUGGAAACUUCAUUGUUGUUGAAGAAGGAAUGUGUUUGGAGGUUACACAGUCAAUCUGGAGGUAUAUUUUCUUCUCCUCAUCUACACCUGCUUCCACAUCACCUGUACGUUGGUACUCUGGGAGGACAACUACUUGCUGUUAAUCCUGUUAUGGGGAAAACUGUUUGGAGAACCAUUUGUGGGAAACCUAUCUUCUCCUCACCACAUUGCGACAAAGAUUAUGUAUAUGUUGGCUGCGUGGAUGGAAAUCUAUACUGCUUUAGUCACUUUGGAGAUCAGGUUAACAUUAUUGUACUAUUUAAUAGUUGAAACCUCUAAAAUAACUAGAUCAACCUGGGUUGUUUUUACUAUUAACUUUAGAUUUUGUUUUUGUGUUGACCAUAGAAGCUUUUUUAAAAAAAAUAUCUGCCAUUUUGCUUCUCACAGUAGUUUAUUAAAUGCCUGUGAAGAGACCCAAAAUAGUCCAGGAAGCCACAGUAUUCUUCCAAACUGGUCAAACUGGUCAAAUGCAGCAUACAUCACUGUUCUGACCACCCUUCUCCGUCCAGGAACGAAAGCCGAAACCAACAUAAAUGAGAAGGUUUCUUUUA